UUUGAUGUACCACUGGUAACGUCGCGCCCCUUUGAUGGUGUGCCGGCUUAUAAUGGCUGCUAUGUCAGCAGAAUUACCGUUUACCUGAUGUAGUGGUUAGCCGAUAGGAUACACAUAAUAGCAAUGAAUUGAAAUGUAGAUACUCACAAAAGCUAAUUUUAGAGUUGCACGUACUAUAGCGUUUCUUUUUAGAGUUGAUUACAUUAAAAAAAAACACUGAAUCCUUUGAAGUUGAUAGGAACUUAUUUAAGUACUCAUCGUAUGGGGAUUUCUGUUAGUCAGAUCAGAUGACAACAAAAGUGUUAAACAACAUAUGGAUUCGACGUCAGCAAUGCCCGUGUGGAGAUUGGAAAUGUUAUAUGAAAUACGAAGGAGAUAAUCAAACACCUGGAGGGCCUGAAUUGGUAAAGAGUGAUGGAACAAAGGCGUCGUCGUCAGAUGUUAUUUUUACUCCGUAUGUGUGUCAGAUAUUCAAAACUGAUGAUGAAGCUUUUGAGUUCUAUGGAAACUUUGCCCGAAAGAACGGGUUUUCAAUCAGGAAAGCACGGUCAACCGAGAGUCAAAAUCUUGGGGUUUAUAGGAGAGACUUCGUUUGUUACCGGUCUGGGUUUAAUCAGCCAAGAAAAAAGGCGAAUGUGGAGCACCCGAGGGAUAGGAAAUCAGUAAGAUGUGGAUGUGAUGCAAAAAUGUACUUGACAAAAGAGAUUGUUGAUGGUGCAACACAGUGGUAUGUUUCUCAGUUUAGUAACAUUCAUAAUCAUGAAUUAUUGGAAGAUGAUCAAGUACGUCUCCUCCCGGCCUACAGAAAAAUACAAGAAGCUGAUCAAGAACGCAUUCUUUUACUUACAAAAGCUGGGUUUCCCGUGAACCGCAUAAUGAAGGUUUUAGAACUAGAAAAAGGGGUUCAACCAGGACAAUUACCCUUUAUAGAGAAAGAUGUUAGGAACUUUGUUAGGACAUGCAAGAAAACUGUUCAAGAAAAUGAUGCCCUGCUUACUGAAAAACGAGAAAUUGAUAUGCUGGCACUUCUUGAGGCUUUCAGGGAUACUGCACAACAGGGUGAUGGAUUUGUGUAUAAUUAUACAACCGAUGAGAAUGGUAAAGUUGAAAACGUGGCGUGGGCAUACGGGGAUUCUGUUCGGGCUUUUUCAGUGUUUGGAGAUGUGGUAACUUUUGAAACCACUUAUCGGUCCAUCACCUAUAAUAUGCUUCUUGGUGUGUGGUUUGGUAUUGAUAAUCAAGGUAAGGCUUUUUUGCUCGGGUGCGUUUUGCUUCAAGAUGAAACCGCCCAGUCCUUUUCUUGGGCCUUACAGGCUUUCAUCCGAUUCUUGAGAGGAAAUCACCCACAGACCAUAGUCUCAGACAUCGAUUUGGCUCUCAGAGAUGCUAUCGCCACUGAGUUACCAAAUACUAAACACGUAAUAGGUGUAUGGCAUGUGCUGUCUAAAUUAUUCAGCUGGUUCUCUUUACCUCUUGGUUUGCAGUAUCCUGAGUUCAAAUCCGAGUUUGAGUUGGUAUGUCAUCUUGAUAACGUAGAGGAUUUUGAAAACCAAUGGAACCACCUCAUGGCUCGGUUUGGAAUUGAAUCUGAUAAGCAUAUGGCUCUCUUGUUCUCUUACCGAGCUUCCUGGCCCGUUGCUUACAUCAGAAGUUACUUUCUUGCCCGCACAAUGACAAUUGACUACGUGAAGUCUAUGGAUAAAUUUAUGAAAAAUAUUUUAAGCCCACAUUCAUCUUUUAAGACAUUCUUUGAACAGGUUACUGUAGCUGCAACUCGUGCUUUUCAGAACAAAGAGAGGGCACCAUAUCCACCCAUAAAGACAUGUUUGCCUCUUGAAGAACAUGCUCGAAAUAUUCUUUCCCCGUAUGCCUUUAGUGCAUUGCAACAGGAACUUGUGCUAUGCAUGCAAUAUGCAGCAUCAGAUAUGGCUAAUGGGUCAUAUCUAGUGAGACAUUACAAUAAACUAGAAGGAGAAUCUCUGGUAAUUUGGAUACCAGAUAAUGAACAAGUUCAUUGUUCUUGUAAAGAAUAUGAAUACUCGGGUAUUUUAUGUAGACACUCUCUUCGAGUACUUGUACUGAAGAAUUACUUUCAAAUCCCUGACAAAUAUUUUCCCCUAAGAUGGAGACUCAAUAGCUCUUUGGUAAUGUCCGAUGAUCAUCUAGUGCCACUGGAUAGCAAUGAUGAGUGCUCUGAGGCCUUCCAUUCUCUCACUUCAAAUUUGUAUUCAGAAUCAGUAGUAUCUAAGGAGCGUUUUAGUUAUGUUCAUAGAGAAAUGACACAAAUUCUUGAAAAUGUUAGAAAUAUGCCUGCUUCUGAUGAAGUUGCUUUGGAUUUAACACCUAACAAUGUUACCUUAUUAUAAAUCUUCCAUUCGCUGUGUAUCCUUAUAUGUUCUAGUAACGUGUGUAUUCGUUUUAUCAGAUGUAUAUUAUAUAGCAUGGAAGAUGUUACAUGAUACAGGACUAAAGCUCGAAUCUUUUUGACGAAUGUUAGUUGAGUUAUUUAA